GAGGGAGACUUGUGCUUAAGCCACUAUCAAGUCCUCCCUGCAUAAUGUGGAUCUAGUGAGGUAAACCAAGCGGACGUUACAUUUUAUGCACCGGUUUAUAGCAGUUAUUCCGUUUUCAUUCCACUAUUCAUACUUAUUAGAAUAAUAUAUAUUGUUAUUACCUCCUUUUUCAUUGGAUAUCUAACAGAUUUUUUCAAAGGGGGAUUUGCACUUUCACCAGGUAAGUUGCUGCAUUCAAGUUUACUGCUAGUCAGAAUCAUUUAGUCAAAGAAUGCAGCAAACCUAUAUUCUGUUAUUUGAUUAAUUCGUUUUGAAAAACAUAAUGCAUUUGAAUAAAUUGUUUUAGAAGUAGUGUAUUCUCUUUUCCCAAUAGCCUAUAUAGUACAUAUACUGUAUGUGCACGUUGUAAGGUGCUUAAUUCGUGUAUCUUCCUAGAGAAAUCUGUGUUCGUUUUGGCUUUACAGCGUUGCUAUUGUUGAAGCAGAUCUGUGGAUUCUUCAUUAAGGGAUGCACUUGUAAUGGAAUGACUGAGAACUUCAGUAUUCACAGUUGCAAUGAACUUGUUGUCACUUUGUGACAGCAGAGCAGAGGGUGAAUAAAAAAGAGAUAGCCUGUAAUGGCUAGGCAACUUUACUUAUGAGAAGUAAAGUAAAGUUUCAUCAACUUUAUUUUACUUACUAUUACAUUGUCAUUACAAUAGUGAUAAAGUUAACAACUUAAAAUGUGCUGUUACCUCUGAUGAUAAUCAACAUUGGUGUCUCUUGUGUUUUGAAGGAGAUAUGAUACUCAGGAGAAGUCUCAACUUGAUGCCCAUUUUAUUACUUUGCUCCUCAGCACUACCUCAAGGUAAAUCUACUGAUGCAUAAAGUUUAUGUGCCUUUUCAUCAUUAUCAUAACCACUAUUCCAUUACAUUUUUAUUGCUAAAUAAGUCUGAUGUUUGUGUGGCUUGCGCAGAUGCUGUAGGUUUUAGAUGUAAAAAGCAUUAAGCAUGAGUGAAUAUGAUGCUGUCACUUUUGCUUGUGCAUAAAAGCAUACCCAGUUAGGCAAUAGCCAGGGCUCUCCAACCCUGUUAUUGGAGAGGUACUGUCCUGUAGGUUUUUUUAGUUACAACUCUAAUCUAGCACACCUGAUUCUAAUAAUUUACUGGUUGAUAAAUUAAAUCGGGUUAGUUACAACUGGGGUUAGAGCGAAAACCUACAGGAGGGUAGCUCUCCAGGAACAGGGUUGGAGAGCCCUGCUAUAGACCUAGCUAAAAUCACUUGGUCAGAUUUUUGUAAAGAAUGCCAUGCUGUUUCAUCAAGCUAAUUGGCUGUACACGUUCUCCUCUCCUUACCUAUCCCCUGUAUGACUCAUGGAAGAUGGCGAGGUUACUAUGGAUGACGACACAACGUUUGACCUGUUUGAUAUUAGCGGUAUCACACGCAAGACUCUGGGCGCCAAGCAAUUCCGUGGUCAAGACACCGACAACCCCGCUUACCGCUUCAUCCGCUUCGACCAUUUGCCCUCUGUGAGCGCGCCCGUGCUCAAACAGAUGCUUCAGCAAAUCCAGAACAAUGAGGGCUUCGUGUUCGUGGCCAGCAUGCGCCAGGACCGUGGCUCGCGGGGAACCCUCAUCGCCUUGGAAGGCACCAACGGCCAACGGCAGUUUGAAAUAGUCUCCAACGGUCGCGCCAACACGCUGGACCUUGUCUACUGGGUGGACGGCUCUCAAAAUGUUGUCUCCUUCGAGGAUGUUGACCUGUCUGACUCGCAGUGGAAGAAUAUCACACUUCAUGUUCAUGGCGAAAAUGCAAAUCUGUUUGUGGGCUGCAGUCUCAUCGACAGCUUCAUCUUGGACGAGCCAUUCUACGAGCACCUGCAGGCAGAGGAGAGCCGAAUGUUCGUCGCCAAGGGAUCCAUCCGCGAAAACCACUUUAGGGUAAGAAUUUGUCCUAUGGAAUAGACCACUGUAUUAUGCUGUUCAACUCAAGCUUGGUUCCCAGUCGUUCCCAGUAGUAAAAAAAAAAAAACGUUUAGACUGUAUUUUUAUAAGGGAGAAACUUUCCUUCUACACUUUAUUACUUGUGUGGUCUUCAGUAGGGUGUGCCUUUGUUAAAAAUAAAAACCCGACUACACCAUGUCCAAAGUCCUAACCUACUCUUAGUCUUAGUCAUAAUAAAAGUUUAAGAAGUUAAUAAACCAUAUAGCAUUACAAAGAAGUGAACCAUGUAAUUAUGAGAGAAUAUUUGUAUUGACAGAUUACACAGACCUUUAUGGUUUUACCUGAGCCUGUCAUUUUUUACAUCUAGGCGCACUUCACACUACAGGUCUCCAGACAAUGUAGAAAACCAAUGGUCCUCCCUCUGAGGAGGGUUCAACAGUUCAACAAGGACCUACUGGAAAUGUGGCAUGAAGUGCAUCCAAAAUGGCACUCAAUUUUUUGUCCAGAAAAGUAGUGCACUAGAUAUAGGGAAUAGGAUUCCAUUUCAGAUCUAUCCCCUUGAGUCAUGAUGAUGAGUCUAAUGUUAGCCGUUAAGAGUAACUCAUUUGGUAUUCAUUUACCUUGACAUAGUAGCUCAAGGUAAGCGAAUACCAAAGAAGUUGUUCCUAGCUGCUAGUCUAAUGUGACACAACUGUCCUAGUAGUCAUUGAUCAGUCUCUUGUCUUGUCACACAGGGGUUACUGCAGAAUGUUCGCUUCAUGUUCGACACAUCCGUGGAUGAUGUUCUCAGGAAUAAAGGCUGUGAAGUCACUAAGCCAGGUAAGGGAUUUUGGCUAACGUUACUGGACUGGUCGUGUUCAUUAGACACCAAAUGAAAAAAAUUAAAGUUUGAAACAGGGACUACCUGGACUUGUCCAAUGAGAAAGGCUAAUUUUUGUUUGCCAUUGCAAAAAGAUUUAGAAUGUUUUCCGUUGCGUGCCCUAAGAACAUGCCCCUGUAGUUUGGAUAGACUGAAUCCUACCAAUUUGGGUCGAUAUGAUAUGUAAAUAUAUUUCAAGGACAUAAUCUCGAAGACCGUCUGAAAUCGUGCUGUAUUGUGUUACUGCAAUUGUCCUUUAGGCUGCGUUUACACAGAAAUCCCAAUUCUGAUCCUUUGCCCAAUUAUGGGCAAAAGAGCUGAUCUGAUUGGUCAAAAGACCAAUUAGUGGAAAAAUAUCAGAAUUGGGCUGCCUGUAUAAACGCAGCCUAGGUAACCUUUUCCCAAACCGGUUUGUGCUGUACAGCAAACUGUUAUGGUCCUUGUCAUCCCAAGUUUGUCACGACAAUGACCAUAGAAAUGGCCAAGACAGCACAAACAGAUCUGGGACUGACUGAAGCUAGUACUUUUUGGGUUUCUGUUGUAUAGUUUUUUCAUGCUCUGAAUAUUCUGAUGAUGCGACUUUAACUCGUCCUUCCUGAACUGCUCUGAUCUCCGUUAAACUCCCCAAUAAAGCCCCAUUCAAUGCAGAUGUGACUGAACGAUCCAUCCUUCUGCCUCACAUGUUGCAUCCCAAAUGGCACCCUAUUCCCUAUAGUGCACUACAUUAGUAAAAAGUAGUGCACUACAUAGGGAAUAGGGUGCCAUUUGAGAUGCACCCACAGUCACAUGCAACCUCUUACAGCGUUGGUCUUCUGUGUUUCAUUUAGAUAAAACCGUAACAAAUUUCCCCAACAAAGUCCAACCACUUAAAAAGAUGGAGUUCUUCCUUAUUUCCAUUGUGUCUGGUUCUGCUAUUCUAUCACUUUUUUCGGUCUUUAGUUUUAGUGGGUCACGGAAAGCUUGCAGAUCUGAUAUGUGGCGAUAUCUGACAGUAUUACAUCAUGUUAGCGGAAACAGCCGUUUCAGUGUGGUUGCUUUAAGUCAACCAAUGUGUGUGUGUUUGUGUGUGUGUGCUGCGGUCGUCAAGACAAAAGGAGAUACUGUACAGAUGCUAACAUUUAUUUCCAUUGGCAGUGGAAGAAAUACCUGGGGAAGAAAAAUAGAGAAAGUUAAAUGCUAUGCUGGAAGGAAAUAAGGGAGUCACCACCACUUUUCCUUGCAUGUACACACACACACACACACACACACACAAACACACACACACACACACACACACACACACACACACACACACACACACACACACACAUAGUGAGGUCAUGAAUUGGCUGAUGGGGUAGUAGCCUCUCUGCUGCUUUUGUUCACACUGGGCGUGGGGCCCUGUAAUCCUCAGUAGGGGCUUCUGAGAAGGUCCAGAAACCCCAGGGUGUGUGGGUGUGAUGUGAGUGUGUGUGGGUGUGUGUGUGUGUGUGUGUGUGUGUGUGUGUGUGUGUGUGUGCUCGCGUGCAUGCCUGAAUGUGUGUGGGUGUCUGUGUAUGUGUGGCUUGUAGCUCCAUUGUUGGCACAAGUGCCUUUCGAUUCUACCUGAAUGAGCAGAUUUGAUGUUAUGUCACAGAGACUUCCCAGUGAGUCACUGGAAAAAGUCUAGAUGCUCUUACCAGCCAAGGUCUUACCCUGGCAUCAGAUAUAUCUAACGCUAGCUCAAAAGUCACUCAUAAGAUCACACAAAACUGCCACGUUGUACAAUUAAUGGGAAGCAGUUGAAAUAUCUUGUGUUUCUUCCCCUCUAUCUCAGUCAAAAAGAGGAGAGGAAAGAAGGGAAAGAGGAUGAUAAAGGAGUCGUGAACCAACCAGAAUAACUCAUCAACAGACAUGUCCUAAAGGCACGCACACACACACAUUCACACACACACACACACACACACACACACACACACACACACACACACACACACACACACACACACACACACACACACACACACACACACACACACAGUCACACAGUCAUACACACACACACACAAUCACAAACACACACACACGCACACACACACACACAUAGCAACAGAUUAAAACACACUUGGGAGAUUCUUCUGGUUAAACGGGGCCAGCGUGACUUGGACCUAGCCUGAUUUAGAGUCCCUAACCAUUAGAGUCCCUAACCACCCAUUAAUCUCUGCUCAACUACUACACAUGGCACACACACACAAGCAUGAAUGCACACACACACACACAACACACUCUUGGCUGGAUACACUGCGUUCCUCAGGCCUUUCCUCACCAGGAACCCCAGUCUGAGACACUGCUUUGGGCUAACUAAUCUAUCUGAUGUUCUAUCUAUCAUUUAUUUAUGCAUUUAUCACAGUUAAAAUAAAUAAAAAGCAGUACAAUAUACUAUUAAACAGAUGUACAGUUGAAGUCGGAAGUUUACUUACAAUUAGGUUGGAGUCAUUAAAACUUGUUUUUCAACCACUCCACUAAUUUCUUGUUAACAAACUAUAGUUUUGGCAAGUCGGUUAGGACAUCUACUUUGUGCAUGACACAAGUAAUUUUUCCAACAAUUGUUUACAGACAGAUUAUUUAACUUAUAAUUCACUGUAUCACAAUUCCAGUGGGUCAGAAGUUUACAUACACUAAGUUGACGGUGCCUUUAAACAGCUCGGAAAAUUCCAGGAAAUUAUGUAAUGGCUUUAGAAGCUUCUGAUUGGCUAAUUGACACCAUCUGAGUCAAUUGGAGGUGUACCUGUGGAUGUAUUUCAAGGCCUACCUUCAAACUCAGUGCCCCUUUGCUUGACAUCAUGGGAAAAUCAGCCAAGACCUCAGAAAAGAAAUGGUAGACCUCCACAAGUCUGGUUCAUCCUUGGGAGCAAUUUCCAAAUGCCUGAAGGUAUCACGUUCAUCUGUACAAACAAUAGUACGCAAGUAUAAACACCAUGGGACCACUCAGCCGUCAUACCGCUCAGGAAGGAGACGCGUUCUGUCUCCUAGAGAUGAACGUACUUUGGUGCGAAAAGUGCAAAUAAAUCCCAGAACAACAGCAAAGGACCUUGUGAAGAUGCUGGAGGAAACAGGUACAAAAGUAUCUAUAUCCACAGUAAAGCGAGUCCUAUAUCGACAUAACCUGAAAGGCCGCUCAGCAAGGAAGAAGCCAUUGCUCCAAAACAGCCAUAAAAAAGCCAGACUACGGUUUGCAACUGCACAUGGGGACAAAUAUCGUACUUUUUGGAGAAAUGUUCUCUGGUCUGAUUAAACAAAAAAUUAACUGUUUGGCCAUAAUGACCAUCGUUAUGUUUGGAGGAAAAAGGGGAAGGCUUGCAAGCCGAAGACCACCAUCCCAACCGUGAAGCACGGGGGUGGCAGCAUCAUGCUGUGGUGGUGCUUGGCUGCAGGAGGGACUGGUGCACUUCACAAAAUAGAUGGCAUCAUGAGGAAGGAAAAUUAUGUGGAUAUAUUGAAGCAACAUCUCAAGACAUCAGUCAGGAAGUUAAAGCUUGGUCGCAAAUGGGUCUACCAAAUACUAAUUCAGUGUAUGUAAACUUCUGACCCACUGGGAAUGUGAUGAAAGAAAUAAAAGCUGAAAUAAAUCAUUCUCUCUACUAUUAUUCUGACAUUUCACAUUCCUAUUCACAUUUGGCUAAGGUGUAUGUAAACUUCCGGCUUCAACUCUAUGUUAUAUCUGUGGACAGUUUAUCAUGUUGUAGACCACGUAAUAGUCUGUCAAACACUUGUAGUGAGACCUCUGGGAUCUAUGAAAACCACAGAAUUAUGAGCGAGACAAUGUGGAUCAUAGAAUAAAUAAAUAUUGCUUAGUGAUUGUAAACUGUAGGGACUGUUGAGGCAAUGGGUAUAGCAAAAGCAUUAUAAUAAUAAUAUAUAAUAUGCCAUUUAGCAGAUGCUUUUAUCCAAAGCGACUUACAGUCAUGUGUGCAUACAUUUUUACGUAUGUGUGGUCCAGGGCGUAGCUAGUAACUAGCUAGCUCUGGUCCGCACUAACUCUGGUCUAGCUCUGGUCCGCAAUUAUCUUUCACUAUGAUACAAACAAAGCAUCCAACAGAUACAGGGGAAAAUCCUAACCUGGACACAGAUCUGUUUGUGCUGUCCUGCCAACUCCUAUGGUCAUUUCGGCCUAUCGUUGGGAUUUCAACAAACAAACACACACACACACAGGGCGAGGGCGGCAGCUCGCUAACAGCCCCCCAGGUGGAGAGAGACAUGGAUAAACAGACACUUCCCCUCUUGUCAAAAGCCAAUUUCUCUCUCUCUCUCUCUCUCUCUCUCUCUCUCUCUCUCUCUCUCUCUCUCUCUUAGUUACUAGCUACGCCCUGGACCAGAGCUAGCGCUGACCAGAGCUAGACCAGAGUUAUUGUGGACCAGAGCUAGCUAGCUACACCCUGGACCAGAGCUAUUGCGGACCAGAGCUAGACCAGAGUUAGUGCGGACCAGAGCUAGCUAGUUACUAGCUACGCCCUGGACCAGCGCUAGUGCGGACCAGAGCGACUAGCUAUGCCCUGGACCAGAGGUAGUGACAGAUUAUAGCUCUAGUCCAGGGCAUUACUGCGCUGCAUGCGGACAUACCAACUGAGAUGCAAAAUACCAUCUGUGACACACGCGCAUGAACUUUGAUAUUCGCCGACCAGGCGGUCUCAGCGCGCAUAAUCUGCAGCUGGAUGCUUCUUCUCCAGGCAGGCUCAAUUAAACAAACGCUCAAAGUAUUUG